UGGAGCCCGGCCGGGGAUGACAUGAUGCGGGCCCCCGGGCGCCUCUGCCCACAGGAAAAGGCUCUGCUAAUCCCGGAUUUGAGCCACAGAUUACGGCGACAGGUUAAGGGAUAUGGUAUCGGGCUGAUCCCAUUGGUCAGUACAAAAAUACCGGAUUUCACGACGUGGUCUGGUGGUUACCGAAAGUAAACUGUGUUGAAAUAAUGGAAAAGGUUUUAUGUACUGUCCACGACACCUUGUGCAUGUUAAAAACUGGAGUAAAAGAUGGACCAACGAAAGGCAAGAGCUUCUACGUCUGCGUUGACAAGCAGAGCUGUGAUUUCAGCCAGCAGGCCAGCGUCUUGCCUUCCCAUUGCCUCCAUCAUGAAGAUUCGAUGGUGGAGCUUCAGGCCCUGAGCUACAGUCAACAACAGCAGAGCCACAGGUUGUACUACAGGUGUGUUGUGGGGAAAAAAGCAGGCCAGAGAUGGUGUGGAAACGUUCCUUGGACAGCACCAGGAAUAGAAAAGAGAAGCCCCCUUUCUGAUGCCCAGCUCCAACCCUCCUGCCUUCCACCGGUUAGAAACCCCUUUAAGGUUCCCAGCAAGACCGACAAGGACUCUGACCGGAGGAAGACGCCGGCCGGUGGAGGCGAGGAGAACGGCAGCCAAACCGGCCACAACAAAGCUGAAGGAAAGGAGAAACGUCAGAAAGAAAACGCGUUGGCUGCCGGGGCAAAAGCAGAAGAAGAAGAAGAGGAGGUGGGAAAGCUGAAGGAGUCCGAUAGUUAUCGAGGCAAACAGCUUCCACCUGGAAUGAAGGUAAAGAAGAGGGUUUCGAUUUGA